AUACUACAAAAGAACAAGAGUUAAAUGAUACAGACACCAGGAUGCAAAUGAUGAAAACUUGAAUGCCUUUCUUUAUCUGGGCACCUCCGUUCAGAUCCCACCCUGCUAUAGAUGCAGCAGCAGCCUCUGUUUAUUAUUGGUCCUUAGUUCUAUUGCAAGGCAGUGAGGGAGCAGCUUUUUGAUAUAUAUUGCAAUGGCUGCAAGAGAGGAGAAAAAUAUGGACACUAUUGUUCAUUUCACGCAUCGACAUCCACUUAGCAUCUCAACAAUCCAAUGUCGAGCAAGACAUAAUGAUCGAUGUGGCAUGUGCUCGGAAAUCCUUGAUCCAAUUGCCAGAGUUUAUGCUUGUCAAGGUUGUUCAUUCUUCUUACACGAACAUUGUGCUGAACUGCAGCUGGAUAUUUCACACCCCUUUCAUCCCCAUCGCCUUCAUCAUCACAUUGAUCCUAUUGCUAUUGGGAGAGGGUGCGACGCUUGCAGCUCUCGUGGAUCUUAUCCCUUCAAAAGCUGGUACCGAUGUGAAGAGGCUGACUGCUCCUUUAGUUUGCAUUUGAAGUGUGCUCUGUUAAAACCUUCUCAUGAUCAUCAUCGGGUAGAGGUGCUGCAGAAUUCUCACGGGCAUUCUCUACUUGUUUGCGACAGGCCAAAUGUUUUGCAUUACUCUUGCACUCGCUGUGACACUGAAUUUGGAGAUGAUGACAAGAUUUACGUUUGUCUUGAAUGCAAAUGCAUGUUAGAUGAGCCGUGUGCUGCUCAUGGGCAGGAAAUCAAGCAUCCCUUUCACUCUCAACAUACUCUCUCUCUCGUUCUCUAUUAUGUGCGUCCACCUCGUUGCUGUAGCCUCUGUGGUGGCGGUGGAAGGAAUGGUUAUUUCUUCACUUGUUCUUCAUGUGAUUUUUGCCUCGAUGUUGAUUGUGCCAACUUGGGCGAGACUACCACAAUCUGCAAAGCCGACCAAGGGCAUAUUCAAAUCCAACCUGUAACCCACCCCCAUCCCUUGAUUCAAGUGGAAGUAAUGAUCAGUAUGAAGAAUUUCAGGUCCUGCUGCUUUGCUUGCGGCCUCCGCUUUGAGGAUCUUGUUUAUGCUUGCCUUUCAUGCGGAAUCCUACUCCAUAAAUCCUGUGCUGAUUUGCCUAAUGAAAUCACUAGCCAUUUGCACCCGAACCACUUGCUCAAACUUGUCAAAAAUUCUUUCUGGUACCACAAGAGAUUUUCCUGUCAAGUGUGCUUACAAUCUACUGGCCACUUUUUCUACAGCUGCGGAGAAUGUGACUUUGGGUUGGAUGUUAAGUGUACAAGAUCUGCAUUCCCACUUAUAAUGUCCAAAUACCACGAACACGCUCUUGCUUACAUUGACAUUGAAACACACAAUUUUGAGUGUGUUUUGUGUAUUGGUAUUUGCAGACAAUUUUACUUCAGGUGUUUACGCUUGGAUUGCAACUUCAGCAUCCACGAUCACUGCUAUCCAUCGCUGCCACUGUCCAUCAAAGAUGAUUGCCACAUACACCCCCUCACAUUUGCCGAUUAUCCAAUCAAGGGGGUUCCAGAUGAUCCGGAGAAAGAAGCAGAAUUGUAUUGCUAUGCCUGUGAAGAAGGACGAGCAUUUGACCGUAUCACAUAUUUCUGUUCAUCAUGCCACUUUGUUGCUCAUGUUCAUUGCGUGAUAACAGCGAUCAUAUCUUACCUGCACAAGGAGCCUAGUCACUUGGCCAUUACUAGCAUUGGAGAACAAUUGGGGUCUACAGGUGAUUCAGCUGAUGAGGAUGCAGUUCUGCAUCAACUAGACGAGGAACUUAUGAGACUCGAAAAGGAUGUGCAAGCACUAAUGGCAAAAAUAGGAGAACUUAGACAAAGACGUUAUGAGCAUAUUUCAAAGCGAACUACCUCCAGAAGAAAUUAUCUGUUGGAAAAACGAGAUCAACUGUAAAAACGAGAUCAAUUGUACAAGUCUGCAAGUCUGUCUAGCAAACCUGCACCACCAUGCUCAAUCAGUUGAGAUUGAAGUUAGAAUAGCCAUUACAUGUGAUAUGUUUCCUGAGUUUGUUGAGAUUGUGGAAGAAUUUGUGAACACAAAACCCCAAAAACAUAUACUUGAAACUCUUGAAAACGUUUUUCCUUCAUAGCUUGCUUUUAACGCCUUCUGUAAAACUUCAGAAGGCGUAGUAUUAUGCAGAGCUGAUGCGCGGAGCUGCGCCUGUUUUAGGCAGCUUUCACUUCGCUGCCUUUGUAGGGUACUUGAAGGCUUGCUUCGUGUAGUUUGCACUAUUAUGUAGUGGUAUGGAUUUUUACUACACCGUUC